UGCCACCUCCUUCAACCGUGCCAUCCACGCAGGCCCCAUCACGCCAUCAGGUCAGCCGAAUGGGUUCCCCAGCCACCAGCCCCGUGCGCCCGACACAAGCGCCCUUGUCGUCAGGCACGCCGGGCGUGUCCAUGCCCUCGCCUCGAAAGGUGCAGGCCCUGGCACUGCAGCUUCAGCGCAGCCAGACGCAUCUUGACGACUGGGCGCACGUGCUCUCGCGCGUGGACGUGAGCACGUGCGAACGCCUGUGUCGCCGUGUCUUUGCCCACGCCAUGCAGCAGGUGCAGUCGGAAGAACAGCAGCAGAAGCGGGCAUCAACAACUACCCCUGGUGAAACAACAGGCGCACAUGCUGCACCAAAACCAACAACCACAGCGAUACCAGCUGCUUCAGCGACAGUGAAUGCAAAGGGCACGUCCGAGGACAACCAGCAGCUGUCGUUACGCAUGCAGACGCUUGCUGUCGCUGUCACCAGGGACAUACCCCACAUGACCACGAACGGGUUGCCACACGACCAUGCUGUCGCCAUCCUGCACACGCUCGUCCUCCCUGCGUGCCUGGCGCUGGCAUCCGCACCCUCCCGCGCGCUUCAGCAGGCCCUGCUUGACUCGGCAGCGGCGCGACCGCAAGCGGUGGUUGACGGCGUGAUUGCGCCACUCAUGACAUCGCCCGGCGGGCUUGGUGUGCCCCAGCGCGUGCUUGCUCUUCAGGUGGCACGUGCCCUGUCAGCUGCACCUGUAGCGCAGGCGGCCCUUUCGCGCGUGGCAGCUGCGAUUGUUGCCUCGUCCACGCCGCUCACGGACAACAUGUGUGAGGUGCUCGCCGCCAUGGCGGGGCUGUGUGACGCUCCAACACAGACGCAGCUCGCAAGCAUCGUCUCGUUGCUGUCGUACGCAGCAGUGCCGCAAGCCGAGUCCCUGCGCUUUGCCAAACUUGUGCUCGCUGUUCUUCAGCUGCAAGGGGUUGUGCAGUACCACGGGGCGGCGAUGAAGACGGUUGUUGAUGCAAACAAGACAUUUCUGCGGCGAAAGCUGGCUGCUUGCUUGGCGUGACUUAUCGCUGGCUUGGUUGGUUGGUCGGUCGGUCGGUUGGUGAGUU